UUAGUUAUGAUCAUGCAAUCUGCUGCUUUAGAAAAGGGUAAAGCUGCUGAACAAAGCAUAAAUAGUGGAAGUUUUGCUUCAACUGACAACUCGGCCAUACAAAAAAUAACUAGGUACUAUUCAUUAUAUUAAAAUUUUUAGAUAUACAAACGAUUAGACGUCCAAGCGUGUUUUUGUUUUGUUCAUCACCAAGCUGCCACUCUUUGGCCCUUGAUUAAGACCGUCUCUGCUCCAGGAACGCCGUAUCAUGGCUGAUCAAUGUUCUGACCCCAGCGUCCUAACAAGCUAGGAUAUGUGAAGAAAGGAAUUGGACUGUACUGUAAUGUGUAUAUGUGACAAAAUAAAAUCUGCUUCCUCAAAUGUUUUGUGAGACCGUGAUCGUGUAAUUAUAUAUUGGCUUAAGGCAUCUGACAAAUAAAAUGCUUAUUUAUUGAAUUAAUCAAUUAAUUUAGUUGUUUUGUUUUACAAAAAGAUUUCCUCAAAACAUUUCUAAUCAGGUGUCAUUAAGGAAGUGAAACACAACCCUGUACGAUGCGGUGUUUACGCUGAUGUUUUGCAUAUUUCAGUAACGUACAGCUCAGUACAAUGAUCAGUUUUUAGAUUUGUGAAACUAUGCUUCAGCUGUACUAAAGUUCAUUUCUGUCUUGUACUCAUGGAGAGUAAAGCUUCUUUUUUCAUUUUUUUGUACUGGAGUUACAAGUUUUACAAUGGAGCAAAAUCCUAAAGUAAUGAAAGUUUAUGACUACCAGUUGCCAUAAUCCAAACUUAAUCAUCUGCUUCACAAAACACUUGGACCAGACUGACCCAUGGAUUUUUAUUGAAGUUGAAGAACCACCAAAAUGGCAAUAUUGCAACACUCCCUUGACCAUAAAACAUUUUUAUGUAGCCUGCUUCAUUUAUAAUGUCAUGAGACAACGCCUCUGAUCAGGUCAAACUUUGAAAAACUUGUUUUGUUAGAUUGAACCGAGGGGAAACUUUUACCAUUUUUAUCACAAGCAAGUCAUGUCUGACUUUUUAAGCUGAAUUAUGUUGUGAUUUUUAAAAAAAAAAAUUUUAAUUACUUUUAUUAUUACUGCAUUUUGGUUUAUUUGUAUCUGAUCAAUACCUGUAUUCGCCAUGAAAUGGCCAUUGAAGCUGGUAUGACAGUAAACACAAAUACAAACAAGCAAGCGCAAAACUCUGGUGUCACAACGUUUUGUUUGCUUGGUAAUAGGAUUUGUGUGUAAAAGACGGUUUACGUUUAUCUUCCACGUACAUUUAUUAGGAACGCCUUAUUAUUACACACCUGCACAUUCAUGCAAUUGUGUAAUCAGUUGAUCAAGUGGCAGCAGCACAAUGCAUAAAAAUCCUGCAGCUACAGGUUCGAGAGCUUCAGUUAACGUUCAUGUAAAACACCAGAAACUGAACAGAUAAAAACAUCACCCAGUCUUUUUUCCAAUCUUCAGCUGUCUUGAUUUGGUGCGCCUGUGCCUGCUGUAGUCUCGGAUUUCUGUUCUUAGCUGACAGGAGUGGAACUUAAUGUGGUCUUCUGCUCUUGUAGGCCAUCUGCCUCAAGGUUCAACAUGUUGUGUGUUCUGAGAUGCUUUUUUGCUCAUCACGGUUGUAAAGAGUGGUUAUUUGAGUUAGCCUUCUUGUCUGCUGGAACCAGUCUGGCCUUUCUCCUAUGACCUCUCAUCAACAAGGUGUUUCCGCUCACUAAAACGCUUCUCACUGGAUGUCUUGUGGGGUUUAAAAAAAUAUUUUCACACCAUUCUGUGUCAAAUUGUAGAGAAUGUUGUAUGUGAAAAUCCCAAGAGAUUAUCAGUUUCUGCAAUAAUCAAAUCAGCCUGUUUGGCACCAACAACCAUGCCAUGGUCAAAGUUCUUUUGAUCACUUUCUUUCUUUCUUUCUUUCUUUCUUUCUUUCUUUCUUUUUUUUUCUUUUCAUUUUCCAAAUUCUCAUGUUUGAUGCGAACAUGAACUAAGCUCUUGAACUGUAUUUGGAUUUUAUGCACUGUAUUGCAUGUAUACAAGUAGUAAAACUGUAUAAUUGAAACUUUUUUUAAUCCUGUAAAUCAGUUCGAAGGUUCAGAAUGGCUGCCAUUAUGGCUUUUGGUAUCAUAAUGUACUUACUCAUUUUUUUUUUCUUCAUAACAGUAGGUCGUUCUGUUCGUGAAACCAGAAAACGGAUAGACUACAGCCGAUUGUCUGUAUGUAGAUCUGUGUGGAUUUGAUUCCCUCAAAUGAGUCCUUUCUGUAUCAGGACCUAGUCAUUUGUUUAUUUAAGGUCUCUUAUCAGUAAGGAGACUUUCAGCCAUGGUCACGUGACCUCUGAACAUUUCCUGUUACUUCUUUCUUAUGAUGCAAUUUCUGCCCAAGUAGUGUGACAUACUCAAAAUGAUGCAUGUCUGGUUCACUGUGUAAUUCAUUUUCACUGCCAUAAAUGGUCUGCUUGGGGGUUGAUUGCUCCAUCUUUUGUCUUUACAUUUGAUCUCACAGUCAAAUCCAUGGCAUUAAAAUGGCCUUUAUUCUCUCCCCCCCUUUUUUUUGUGCCAAGUGUCAGGACCCCACUGGGUUCGGAAAUGCGUCGUGUUUAUGCGAGCAAUGAGCCUGACAGAAAUGCCUGGCUCGGAGCACAGAUAAUCUGGACAGUUCUGGGGAGCCCGCCACCCGCUCCGUUGGCACCUCUGCCAACUUAAAGGGGAAGAUGAGCAAAAGGCUGUCUGUCGUCAAAGGCCACUUCCCAAAGCUCACUGAUUGUGCCCACUUUCACUAUGACAACGUCAACUUUGGUUCCAUUGAGCUUCAGUUUGCUAGUGAACAAAGCGAUGCUAGCUGGAGCUCAGCCAAUACCAAAGACCUCGUCUUCCUCGUGCAGGUCUCCUGCCAGGGUAAGAUGUGGAUGGUGCGCCGCACAUACGAGGAGUUUCGCACCCUGGAUGCUCACCUGCACCAGUGCAUCUAUGACCGGCGUUACUCGCAGCUCCUGCCCCUGCCGUCACUUUGUGAGCUCGGGGACAGAGUGGAGCUCUUCACUCCCAUGCUGUCCGAGUACCUGAGCCGUCUCUCCGUGAUCGUGGACAGUAAGCUGAACUGUGGGCCCGUGCUCACUUGGAUGGAGAUCGACAAUCAUGGCAAUCGGUUUAUGCUAAAGGAAGAGGCGUCUUUAAAUGUCCCAGCGAUCGCAGCAGCACACGUCAUCAAGCGCUACACAGCGCAAGCCAGUGACGAGAUUUCUAUUGAGGUCGGUGAUAUUUUGUCUGUGAUUGAUAUGCCACCCAAAGAGGAGACCACCUGGUGGAGAGGAAAACAUGGCUUUCAGGUUGGCUUUUUUCCCAGCGAGUGCGUAGAGCUGAUCAAUGAGAAGAUGCCUCAGUCUGUCAGCACUCCCGCUGCCAAGACAGUAGAGUGUGAUGCAGGCAGCUCUAGACCUGGAGUCGCCAAUGCGCCUGGUCCACCUUCUCCCACAUCAGUUUCCAAGAAGCACGGCAAGCUGAUGGGUUUCCUGCGAGCCUUCAUGAAAUCCAGACCCAGCAAGCAGAAGCUGAAGCAGAGGGGCAUCCUGAAGGAGCGGGUCUUCGGCUGCGACCUGGGAGAACACCUUCUCAACUCGGGACUAGAUGUUCCAGAGGUCUUAAAAAGCUGCUCGGAGUUUAUUGAGAAGCAUGGCAUUGUAGACGGCAUCUACAGGCAUUCUGGGAUUUCCUCCAACAUCCAGAAACUGAGGCAUGAAUUUGACAGCGAGAAUGUUCCGGACCUGACGAAAGACGUGUACAUGCAGGACAUUCACUGUGUAGGCUCCCUCUGCAAGCUCUACUUCAGAGAACUGCCCAACCCACUCCUCACCUACCAGCUCUACGACAAGUUUGCCGAUUGCAUGGGGGAGAUGACUGAGGAUGAGCGCAUGGUGAAAGUGCACGAUGUCAUCCAGCAGCUUCCUCCUCCUCAUUACAGGACUCUAGAGUACCUCAUAAAACACCUGGCUCGUCUAGCCACCUUCAGCGAAGAGACCAACAUGCACAUUAAGAACCUGGCCAUUGUCUGGGCUCCAAACCUGCUCAGAUCUAAGGAGAUCGAGGCAGCGGGGCUCAACGGUGCUGAUCCGUUUAAAGAGGUGCGCAUCCAGUCUGUAGUGGUGGAGUUCUUACUCACCAACGUGGAGGUGCUCUUCAGUGAUUCGUUCACAUCAGUAGGACGGUUUGCUGCAGCUCGGCAGUCCCUGACCAGGCCGAAGUCCUUUGUAUCCACCAGGCUGCUGUCUUUGGAGGAGGCACAGGCUCGCUCCCAGGCUCCUCUGCUCCUUCAAGGAUCAUCUCACCCCCUACAGGAUCGUUUCCACACAGUGCUGGACCUCCCUACUCACAGAAGAAAAAGAGGGCCGAAGGUGCGGAAGGCAGCUGGAGGGAGCUGGAAGACGUUCUUUGCAAUCGGGAAGCCUGCAGGCUCAGGUCGUCGCAAGCCCAUCCGGAUCACCUCGCUAUUCCAGCCCUCCACCUCUCACGCAGGUUGCAGAGUGGACAGUGUCACCCUGAGGUCAGCUAAGAGUGAGGAGUCUCUUUCUUCCCAACACUGUGGAGCAGGUCAUGGGAAGCUGCAGCGCUUACGAAGACCUCGCUCCAGCAGCGAUGGUCUCUCUCUGGCUGCUUCUGUGGACCCUCAGCUCCUGGCUCAGCCAGUUCCUUCGCAAAUCCCGCCCAGCCGCUCCUACGACAGCUUGCUGCCUGAUGAGGCCCGCGCCGCUAAUGGAAUGGAAGACGACGAAGAUGAUGAGGAGGGAGUCUAUAUGCUACCCGAUUUCUCAGAAGACCCUGCCCGAUCCUGGAUGGCUGAGGACGUGGCUGACUUUAGCCCCACCUUCCCAGAUGAAGGGCCAAUUGGAAUCGGAAGCAGUGGCCCCGUUGCCCCUGGUGAUAGGGAAUCUCCAUCUGCGGCCACUCCUCCUCCCUACCGUUGUCUGAGUCGCCAAGGUUACGCCCGUUCUGGAAGUCAGCGUUCAAUCACAGAAGACCCAGACUCAGUGCUCAACCAGUCAGAAGCAGCAGCACGUAGGAGCCUGAUUUUGGCCGCAGCUGCCCCAACUCAGCAGGUGUUCUGUCAGCAUAAACCUCCUGCUGUUAAUACCCCUGCCUCCAGCACCACCCAGCCUGGAGAGACCAACCUUGGUCCCUCCCAAAGCCAGCCCACUGCCCUUCCAGCUCCUGUACCCUCCGCUCAACCUCCACAGGAAAAGCGCUCAUUUACAAAAAAGGUGGUGCAUGCCCUUUCACCGAAAGCACCAAAGUCGCCUCCACUGGACAUAUCUGACCCCAUUGCCAUCAGUGUGCCUGCCAAGGUGCUGGAAAUGAUUGGCGGGCGAGCUGGCGAAUUGCAGUCUGGGAACCCGGGCGGUGGACCCUCCCAGCCACCCCAAAUGAUAUCCAUGCUGCUGAAGUCUUGUGAUUUCCAGCUUACAGAGAGCUGCCAACAGGAGCUAAACAGCAAGUUUGGCCAUGAGGUUAAGAUCAGAGGCCCCAGUAUUAUUGGUCCAACUGGUGCUUUCCUGCCCUCCCAAAAGCCCCCUCCUCCCCCUCCUAAAAACCCAGCACGCCUUAUGGCUCUGGCACUGACCGAAAGUGCCAACAAAGCUCUUCGGCAGGGUGCCUCUCCUCCCUAUCGUCCCCGCCAGGUUGGGAGUCCCCCUGAUGCUGACACCCGUUUCCAGCGGUCCCUGUCUGCUGACACGGGGGCUAUGCUCUCCUCUGAUGCAGACCAGCUGUACUCCACUGUGCGUCCCUUGUCUGUGUGGAUGUCUGAGGGCGGAGGUGAAGUUAGCGCUCCUGAAAAGACGACAGACUUGGUACAAGAGGAGGAGGAGCCAAGAUCACCUCCAGGCCAGGACACGGGUACACUCUCCUCGGAUGCCUCAGUUUCUGAGUCUGGAACAUCAAACAGUGAGCUGUCUGCUGGUAGUUCCUCUGGGGACAAUGAGAAAACCCCAAGCCCCAUCUACAACCAGAAGCCACAGAUUCCUGCACCUCCUAAAUCCAGCCCACCUGCCGCUAGUGAGGUUCCCUCUCAGAGGAAACCCCCAGCGUAUGGCCGGCAGUUCUCUGCUCCACACCUCCAGCAACAGAUGUCAGGCACUGAGUCCAAAUCCCCCAACCAGGCUCAUUCCCAGCUCCUGCAUUCCAGGUCAGAGAGCUCCCCGUUGACCCACACACAUGCCUUCCAGCCCACACGCCCCAAAGUGCCCCCUAAGCCACUGGAUUCUGCCCUACCAAGGCCCCCGAUCUCCAAGACUGACCGACAUGACUUCAUGCGUCGUUCCUUGGAUGCCGGUCGCAUCCGACGCAUGGUGGGGCCAGCUCAAGGCAACCCACCACUUUCUAGAGCUUUUUCUGAGCGCAUUAGCAACACAUCAGAUGCACUGUCUCGCUACCAUGCAACCAGAUUGGCCAACCAAGUGGCACAGGUUGUGACAACUGCUCAACCUCUCAUGCAGCAACAGCAGCCCCAGACAUCUCAUAUCCGACCUGCAUUCUCAUCUUCUGAAGAUCCCUCCAACGUGGAGAAUUUAUACUAUGAGAUUAGUGCCCCUGAUCAUCCACCUAGCUACUCCCAGCACAGCUACCAGAACAUGAGGUUAGAUGUGGAUGGCAACUACCGGCUUUCAGAUCCAGCCAAUCAGAGGCCCCAAUCUAGGGGUCAUCACCCACCCCCCUACUCACAAGUGCCAGCAUCUGCCAGGGCUAGUCAGCUUUGGUCCUCUGAGGCCACACGUGCCUGGACUGCAGCUCACUCGCACUCCUCCUCCUUCUCUCAUUCCCAUUCUCAUGGUCAUUCUCACAACAACCCACCAGGUCCUCGUGGUCACCCUCGGCUGCAGCGUCAAACCUCCUCCUCUGUCAGACUGACCCGCAGUGAGCUGCACCCCAUCCAUGCUGCCUCUGGCUUCUGCUCAUCUGGGGGGCUGGUGCCUCUGUCUGUGCACCAGCGUAGCCUACACUGUUCCAUGCGCUCACCCUCCUCCAGCCUCACUGCCUCCCAGCUACAUCCAUACUUUGAAAAUGGGAAGGUGUGCUAUCGCUAUUUUGAGACCUCUGGACAUGAAGAGGGACCACUGAGCCACCUUCAGCCAUCAAUGUCAAAACCGCAUCAAGCCUAUUCAUCCCAGAUCUCCCCAAUACAAGCAUAUAACCCACCCUCCAAAGAUGAACCCAUUUAUGUGAACUACCCUUUCACCAGCCCUCCAGGUGCUGGAAUGAACACUAAGACUUGGGCCACCACAGACCUGGAUGGAGAUGUCCACCAAGGGGCAGAACCUGUCACGCACCCUCCUGAGCCAUCUACAGAGGAUGAGCAGCAGUCUCCAGACAAAGCUCUAGAUCAGGAGUGUCCCACAACUAGUUUUGAAAGCCCUACCCAAAACGAUGGUGCCACAGAUUCCAAGGCACUGGAGAUGCCCACAGCCUCUGAUGCAACGCACUUUCGCAGCCACUCUGACCCGCAGAGCUCAAGCUCAGAACCCAGUCAGGCUCUUACAGGGAAGGACAUUGCUUCGCUGCUGAUUGAGAAGCUUGCAGAGGAUGAAAGAGAGGGUCUAAGUGUGGUCACUUCAUCCUCUGCAUCUUCGUCGCCCCAUGUUGAGUAUCCCCCUAACCCAUACCCCAGCCAACAUCAUAAGCGCCCACCACCUGCCUACAACCCAGGAUCCUCUCGGGGUCAUUUUGAGAGCCAGGGUCUGCCACGAGAAGGCUCAGGAGCUUUUCAACGCCAAGAUCCCAUGCGCCGUUCUUCCAGUGGCCAGUACAGACAAGCCUUUGAUGUUAUGCCAUCUGGCGACCAAGUUCUUAAGUUUUUCAGAAGCCAAGACUUUAUCCCAACUCCCCAGGGAGAAAGCACAACACCAAACCCAUACCCAACAAGACCUCACUGUCAGGAUUCCACCAGUCAUAUCCUUCAGGCUCACCCAGACACACCCCAUUCCUCUACUCCUCCUUUGGUGGCCUUCUCAAACUUGGCACUAAGCACACCAAGAGGAUAUGGGGCUCAAAUGGAAGUUAAUCCAUAUAACCAGUACCCGUACCAGGCAGGCCCAGUGCUUCCGCCCUAUCCCAGUGCUCCCAGGAGGGAUGUGAUUCUGGAUCCUGCUCUUCGACCUACUGGACUUCGGAGCCAGAGGGACUUGAGCCGGCAGGGCAGUCUGUCUGGUCCCAACUGGUCCAUUCACACAGAGGGUCAGACUCGCAGUUACUGUUAAAGCACAAACCAAUGGCAAGGGUAAACGUUCUUUGGACUGGAAGUGAAAUCCAUUGGGAGGAAUGUCCUAAAAUAACCCCACUGCUGUGCUCCAUAACUGGACCUUUAGAGUAAAGGAAAGAGAAGUAGACCGAGAGGGUAGGGCAUGAUGGUUAAGAAAAUCAAAGAAGUGAACCAUAUAGUGGCUUAGAUAUGUAAACAUUCCAGUAGACACUGUGUUGUCCAGCAGAGGUCAUCAGAGAGUUGUAUGGCUGCUGUCCCUCUGAAGGGAGUAUCAGGUAUUCUGCGUGGUGGCGUUUUUCUGCUUUAGGUACUUUCUGGGUUUAAGUUUAUUGCUAGAACACUAGGUGACAGGACAGAGAGUGGUGUCCAGGGAAAUAAGCUUAGUAUGUGUCUCUUUUUUUUUUUUUUCUUUUUUAAAUGCUAAAAUAAUUUGACGGUAACCUUAUGCUGCUGGCUGGUUCUAAAGAAGCAACUUGUUUCAUUUUGCCUUUGUAUUUUUUUUGUUGUUGUUGUUUGUAGUAGUCAGUUUAAUUUUUACAGCUUUUUAACAUUUUAAGUUAAUUUAACUUCAUUACAAAGAGCAUUUAAGAUAUUUUUUGCUGUGUUUCAAAGACUGCGAAGAAUAGGAAUGUUAUAGUUUUUAGUCAUUGGUUUUUGUUUGUGUGUGCAAGAGAGAGAGAAUGGGCAUGUGUUUUCAUUUGUGUAUGGAUGUUUGUGUCCCAAUAAUCUUCUAUGUCCUGUGAAACGUACAUGAAAGAACGUGAAGGAAACACUGCCAUGUGCUUAAGGGAUAAUGUGUAUGUGUGCAUCUACGUACAUUUUGUGUGUGUCCAUAUUUAUUGGAAGGUACUGCACAUGUAAUCAUAACAUGUACUGGAUAUGGGAUUUCAUAGCUAAACUGUCAACCGAUGUGCUAAUCAAUGCAUCAGUCGUUACAUUAUUGGUAAAUACAGAGGUUUCCUCAGACCAAUCAGUUGCACUGUAGGAGUUUUUGCUGCAUGGCCCAUCAAAGGUUUUAUGACAUCUUCUUGUUAUUAUUAUUGUUAUUGUUAUUAUUAUUAUUAUUAUUAUUAUUAUUUUGACUUGGAGAGGAAGGAAGAAGUGCUUUGUGUAAUGAAACACCCUGCCCAGUCACCAAACUUUAAACCAAUUGAGAUGCUCUGGGAGGAGUUCAGAUGAAAGGCUUGCGUCAUGGCAGAGCAUCUCUGAUGAAUGCCUGGAAAAACUGACUGUUUAAUAAAGAAUGUGUAUGCAGUAGUUGUAGUUGCUAAGCAUUUUUUUUUAACAAGCCUAUAACAUAUUUAAUAUUUUAUUAAUUAUUAUGCUGAAUAUUUACACGAUAUUUGUCUUUAAUACAUUAAAUCACUACAAACCAACAAAGAAAAUGUUCUGUUAUUGAAGCAUUGUAAGAAUCUAGAUGUCUCCAAAUUUUUGAUGGGCAAUGUUUGUCCAGUUCUGAUACCUGUUGAAUCUGUUGUCUUUCUGAGGAAUUGUUGAAAUGUUCUCACAAAUCUGUGUUCACAUAAUGAUUAUAUUAUUACCACAACAAAAGUGUGCGACGUGUAUCCGAGGUUCUUAGUUCAGUUCGGUUAGUUUAGUUCCGACACUAAUACACCUGUACGUUUUCCCCCUCGAGACUUAUCUAAAUAUUGGAGCCAAGUUUAUUAGGUAGUUCUUGCAUACUGCCAAAGUUUAGUUCAGCAGAAACAGGGUUGGGCAGCUCAACACUACUGUAAUGCAAUAUGACAAUGUGAGGAUUCCUUAGGGCAAGUGAGCUCCUGGUGAUCUACCCUUAACUUAAACACACCUGACUCUAAAAAAAAAAAAAAAAAAAAAAAAAAAAAAAAUUUAA